UUAAUUUGCAGAAGAGAGAUCAACAACGGAGAAAGAAGCUCUCUGCUAAAUAUUCUGAUUCUUCUUUCUUUUUUUGGUUAUUUAUUAACUCCAAAGUCUUUCGUCAGAAUCACAAAAUGGUGGAUCCGGUGGGUUACAGAUUCCGUCCGACGGACGAGGAGAUCGUCGUACACUACGUGAGGCCAAAGAACAUCGAGAGUAACACGAGUCAUGUAGACGAAGUCAUGAACACAGUCGAUAUAUAUAGCUUCGACCCAUGGGAGUUACGUUUCAAGUCGAGGAUAAAAUCGAGAGAUGAGGUUGUUUGGUACUUCUUCGGUUGUAAGAAACGAAUGCGUAACAACAGACAGAGGAGGACAAUCCCGUCUGGUUUUUGGAGUAAUACCGGCGAGACAAAGCCAAUAAUCCGGAAGAAGGGAGGAGGAGGAGAUCACGAGAAGAUUGGUGAGAAAAGGGUUUUUGUGUUUAAGUACAGUAGUAAGAUUCCCGGUGGGUCGAAGUCGAAAUCGAAGUCGAAAUCGAAAUCGAAAUCGAAAUCGGAUUGGGUUAUGCACGAAUACGUCGCUACGUUCUCGUCUCCCGACUCUCAGAUGAUGACGACAUCGACAUAUACAGUGUGUAAAGUAAUGUUUAAGGGUGACCCCACAGACUUACCUUCUUCUUCCUCUGCUGGUGAAAUUGAGGAUGAUCUCUCUUUGAUCCCUCAAUUUAACAGCAACAGUUCGGGAGGACUGAGUAAAGAGACAGAGGUACAGAACCCAAACCAGAUUACAAGUUCCAUCUCUUUAAUCCCUCGUGUGAACAACAACAAUUCUGGAGGACUGAGUACAGAGACAGAGGUGGUAGGUCACUUCACAACCAUACUCCUUUUUAAGUCAACCCUCCUUCUUUUGUGUUCUUCCCUUUCUCAUGAGUCUUCGUUUGAAUUACAGGAUCCACGUCUGUUUAGUAGCUUUCCUUAUUUGGAGGAAGAUGCUCAUAUCGAAGAUGCAACGCUCAGGGCUUUGAACUAUGAUGGUGCUAAGGAGGAUGAGGAGGAGGAGGAGGAGCUUGUGAAUCUUUGGUCUAUGCAAGAGGAGCGCAACGAUCACAGACCUAAAAUGCCACUGACCGGUUUCAUUAGCGAUGAUGAUGAUGAUGAUAGUGAUUCUGAUUCCAUAUCUACAAAAACAUGUUCCAUUAAAAGCUCGAGCACUUGUGUUACUUUUGGUAACUCUAAUCGUCUCAUAGACCAAAUCAUAGACCUGCCAGAGUCCCCACGCUCAACAAUCGAAUCAGUCUCGUUAACUCAAGAGGUGAGCAAAGCUCUAGGAGCCAAUAGUGCUAUAUCCGAGAAGAAGAUGAGUCCUUGUGAUGAUGAUGCUCAAGUAAGUGAGAUCGGAGGUGAUCAAAUGGGUCAGGAGAUGGUGAUCAAGAACAAAAGAGCUGGUUUCAUUUACAGGAUGAUACAAAAAUUCGCCAAGAAAAUCAAGCUAUGUUCUUGUGUCUCAAGAAUAUGAUGCACCAGUCAACGAGAUCAAUUAAGAAUACAUUUGGUAAUUUCCAUGUAUGAGUUCAGUUAUGUCUAUCUUGUUUUGUAACUAUUUCGUAUUUUUAAUGUAUGUCCUAAUCUCAUAUAUAAAAGUGAAUUUGCUAUCAGAAAAUGUUAUAAGACAA